UCUUAUGAAAAGGUGGAAGUUUGUGGAAUGCGUACACUGUGGUGGUGCCCCGCUGAUGGUGACUUACCUCUCCGCAGCAUGCAUCCACACGUGCUGACGGGACUGCUGCUGCUGAUGGCGGCCUCCUGCAUGGCCAUCCCGGUGCCUUUGGAAGGUGAAUACGACCUCAACUAUGUACUGAGCAACCUGACGUCGCUGUGGGAGAAGGUGGAGAGGGUGCAGCAUGACGUGGCGGACCAUCGACACGGCGACCCUCCCCACGACCAGGUGACCCAGGAGGUGGACAAGCUGCAACACGAGAUGCUGGUGCACGCCUACCAACGCCCACACGAGGGCCACAACGACCACCACAACUCUCAGGCACUCCAACAUCUGGAGCACUUCCACGAGCACCACCACGACGACCACAACCACCAUGGUGGCGACGACCACCACGGCCACGACCACGGCCACGACCACGGCCACGACGACCACCACGAUGACCACCACCACCACCAUGGCGACGACCACCACGACCACGGCCACGACGACCACCACGAUGACCACCACGAUGACCACCACCACCACCAUGGCGACGACCAUCACGACCACGGUCACGACGACCACCACGACGACCACCACCACCACGAUGGCGACGAUCACUACGGCCACGACCACGAUCACGACCACGGCCACAACGACCACCACCACCACGAAGGCGACGACCACCACGGCCACGACCACGGCCACGAUCACGGCCACGACGACCACCACGAUGACCACCACCACGACGAUGGCCAUCUCGACCAUCACCACCACGAUGGAGGGCAUGAGCACGACCAUCACCACCACGGCGGAGACCACGACCACUCGGCAGACACUCACGAACAUGAGGGACACGACCACAGCAAAGACAACCACCGACACGACGAUGACUCAGACAACGAAGGCGAGGCACACGACCACUCUGGAGACACCCACGCCCAUGAAGGGCACGACCACAGUCACGAUGACCACCACCAUGGCGGCCACGACGACCACCACCACCACGACCACCACCACCAUGGAGGCCACGACGACCACCACCAUGGCGGCCACGACGACCACCACCAUGGUAGCCACGACGACCACCACCAUGGCGAUCACGACGACCACCACCACCACGACGAGCACUACCAUGGCGACCACGACGACCACCACCACCACCAUGACGACCACAGCCAUGGCCAAGGACACGACCACUCUGGCGAUACCCACAACCACGAGGGACACGACCACAGCCAGGACUCCCACCAGCACGAAGACAGCCACCACCAUGAACACGACCACUCUGGCGACACCCACGACCACGAGGGACACGACCACAGGCAGGACCAUAGUGAACAUGGCGAAGGGCACGAUCACUCAGACGACACCCACGACCAUGAGGGGCACGACCACAGCCAGGACUCCCACCAGCACGACGACAGCCACCACCAUGAACACGACCACUCUGGCGACGCCCACGACCACGAGGGACACGACCACAGGCAGGACCACAGUGAGCAUGGCGAAGGGCACGACCACUCAGACGACACCCACGACCAUGAAGGGCACGACCACAGUCAGGAUUCCCACCAACACGAAGAGGGACACGACCACAGCCACGACCACGACCACCACCACCAUGACGACCACCACCACCACGACGAGCACCAACAUGGCGGCCACGACGACCACCACCACCAUGACGACCACCACCACCACGACGACCACCACCACCACGACGACCACCACCAUGGCGGCCACGACGACCACCACCACCAUGACGACCACCACCACCACGACGACCACCACCACCACGACGACCACCACCAUGGCGGCCACGACGACCACCACCACCAUGACGACCACCACCACCACGACGACCACCACCACCACGACGACCACCACCACCACGACGACCACCACCACCAUGACGACCACAACCAUGGCCAAGGACACGACCACUCUGGCGAUAACCACAACCACGAGGGACACGACCACAGCCAGGACUCCCACCAGCACGACGACAGCCACCACCAUGAACACGACCACUCUGGCGACACCCACGACCACGAGGGACACGACCACAGGCAGGACCACAGUGAGCAUGGCGAAGGGCACGACCACUCAGACGACACCCACGACCAUGAGGGGCACGACCACAGCCAGGACUCCCACCAGCACGACGACAGCCACCACCAUGAACACGACCACUCUGGCGACACCCACGACCACGAGGGACACGACCACAGGCAGGACCACAGUGAGCAUGGCGAAGGGCACGACCACUCAGACGACACCCACGACCAUGAAGGGCACGACCACAGUCAGGAUUCCCACCAACACGAAGAGGGACACGACCACAGCCACGACCACGACCACCACCACCAUGACGACCAUCACCACCACGACGAGCACCAACAUGGCGGCCACGACGACCACCACCACCAUGACGACCACCACCACCACGACGACCACCACCACCACGACGACCACCACCAUGGCGGCCACGACGACCACCACCACCAUGACGACCACCACCACCACGAGGACCACCACCACCACGACGACCACCACCACCAUGACGACCACAACCAUGGCCAAGGACACGACCACUCUGGCGAUAACCACAACCACGAGGGACACGACCACAGCGAGGACUCCCACCAGCACGACGAGAGCCACCACCAUGAACACGACCACUCUGGCGACACCCACGACCACGAGGGACACGACCACAGGCAGGACCACAGUGAGCAUGGCGAAGGGCACGACCACUCAGACGACACCCACGACCAUGAGGGGCACGACCACAGCCAGGACUCUCACCAACACGACGACAGCCACCACCAUGAACACGACCACUCUGGCGACGCCCACGACCACGAGGGACACGACCACAGGCAGGACCACAGUGAGCAUGGCGAAGGGCACGACCACUCAGACGACACCCACGACCAUGAGGGGCACGACCACAGCCAGGACUCCCACCAGCAUGACGACAGCCACCACCAUGAACACGACCACUCUGACGACACCCACGACCACGAGGGACACGACCACAGGCAGGACCACAGUGAACAUGGCGAAGGGCACGACCACUCAGACGACACCCACGACCAUAAGGGGCACGACCACAGUCAGGACGCCCACCAACACGACGACGGCCACCACGACCAUGACGACCACCACCAUCACCAUCAUGAGCAGGACGCCCAUGACAGACACGGCCUCCACGACCUCGAAGACCAAUCCAAAUUAGAAGAAGCUCCUUCCCCCGCCAGUUGAUCAGUGUACGCGCAACCCAAACACAAAGUAGAUAACUAAGAUAAAUAAACUAAGAUAAAUAAGUAAAUAAAUGAAAAUCCUCGCUUAUUCAUCCCGCAGCGCCAGACGCGAGAAGAUAAAAUGAAUAGCAUGAGUAAUAUAGGCAAAUGAAUAUAUAAAUAAAGAAGCAAAGUUACUCUUUCAA